CUGGGCCUGGCCUGCGCUGCGCGCCCCGGCUGCGACCCUCGCCGGGGCCCCCGCCGGUGACUGUCCGCAGGCCGUGGAAGCAGACGGCGGCGCCACCUGCGUGGACCUGCAGCUCAGGACAUGCACUGGCACGGCCUACAACCGCACGGCCUUCCCCACACCCCUGGAGCACCGGUCGCGGGAGGCGGUGGAGUUCAGCUUUGAGUACAUCCUGCUGGGCGUGCUGCACCACCUGCUGGAGGGGCAGUGCAACCCGGACCUGCGGCUGCUGGGCUGCGCCGUGCUGGCCCCCAGGUGUGAGGGCGGCCGCGUGCGCAGACCCUGCCGGCGCGUCUGCGAGGGGCUGCGGGAGGCCUGCCGGCCGGCCUUCGACGCCAUCGACAUGGCCUGGCCCUACUUCCUGGACUGUGCCCGCUACUUCGCCCCAGAGGAGGAUGGCUGCUUUGAUCCCCUGGAGCUGCUCCGGGGGGACCUGGAGGUGGAGGAGGAGCCGCCCUCGGGCCUGCCGCCCGCCUUCAUCCGCUUCGCCCAUCACUCCUAUGCACAGAUGGCGGGUGCUGAAGCGGACAGCUGCCCGUGGCGGGUGCUGAAGCGGACAGCUGCCCGUUGCCCCGAGGUGGCCAGGACCUACAGCAUCGGGCGCAGCUUCGACGGCAAGGACCUGCUGGUCAUUGAGUUCUCGAGCCGCCCCGGGCAGCACGAGCUGUUGGAGCCUGAGGUGAAGCUCAUUGGCAACAUCCACGGUAACGAGGGUGGCAGGGGGGAGCUGCUCAUCUACCUGGCCCAGUACCUGUGCUCCGAGUACCUGCUGGGCAAUCCCCGCAUCCAGCGCCUGCUCAACACCACCCGCAUCCACCUGCUGCCCUCCAUGAACCCUGACGGCUACGAGGUGGCCGCGGCAGAGGGUGCUGGCUAUAACGGGUGGACGAGUGGGAGGCAGAAUGCACAGAACCUUGACCUGAACCGCAACUUCCCGGACCUGACGUCCGAGUUCUACCGGCUGGCCUCGGUGCGGGGCGCGCGCCCUGACCACAUCCCCAUCCCACAGGACUACUGGUGGGGUAAGGUGGCCCCCGAGACCAAGGCCAUCAUGAAGUGGAUGCGGAGCGCCCCGUUCGUGCUCUCCGCCAGCCUGCACGGGGGCGACCUGGUGGUCUCCUACCCCUUCGACUACUCCAAGAACCCUCUCCAGAGGAAGAUGUUUUCUCCCACGCCCGAUGAGAAGAUGUUCAAGCUGCUGGCCAGAGCCUAUGCGGACGUCCACCCCAUGAUGAUGGACAGGUCGGAGAACAGGUGUGGAGGCAACUUCCUGAAGCAUGGCAGCAUCAUCAACGGGGCCGACUGGUACAGCUUCACCGGAGGCAUGUCCGACUUCAACUACCUGCACAGCAACUGCUUCGAGCUCACGGUGGAGCUGGGCUGCGUGAAGUUCCCCCCCGAGGAGGCGCUGUACGGGCUCUGGCAGCACAACAAGGAGCCCCUGCUCAACUUUGUGGAGAUG